AUGGUAAUGAUUGCGGUCACAGUAAUGGUCACAUUCACGGUGACGAUAAUGGUGACGAUAUUAGUUACGGUGACAUUAACGAUAAUGAUGACAAUAAUAGUAAUGCUUAUUGUAAAGGUGACGGUAAUAGUAACAGUAAUGGUAACGGUAAUAGUCACGGUAACGGUGAUUGAAAGAAUGAUGGUAACGGUGACGGUGACGGUGAGGGUGGCGAUAACUAUGACGGUCACGGUGAUGGUAACAAUGACGGUUACAGUAACAAUCACGGUCAAGGUAACGAUGACGGUAACGGUGAUAGUAACGAUGAUGGUAACGGUUACGACGGUAACAGUAACGGUGAUUGUAACGUUGACGGUAACGGUUAUGGUAACAGUUACCGUGACGUUGACGUUAACGGUGAAGAUAAAGGGAAACGGUGACGGUAACGGUAAUAGUGACGUUGACGGUAAUAGUAACAGUGAUGAUAACUUUAACGGUAAUAGUAAUAGUGAUGGAAAUGGUAACGAUCACGGUCAUGGUAACGGUAAUGGUGACGAUAACGAUCACGAUUACGAUGACGGUAAUGAUAACAAUGAUGGUAAUGGCAACAGUGAUGGUAAUGGCGAUAUUGACGAUAACAGUGACGAUAAUGGUAACAAUAACGGUAACAAUGAUGACGGUAAAAAUAACGGUAAUGGUAAAGGUAACAGUAACAGUGACGCUAACAGUAACGAUAACGGUGAUGGUGAUGGUGACGGUAAUGGUUACAGUGACGGUAACGGUAACGGUAACGGUUAUAGUAACAGUGACGAUAAUUAUAACUUUCAUGGUAACAGUCACUUUAAUGGUUAUGGUUACGGUAACGAUAAUCGUAACGGUCACGGUGACAAUAAUUAUAAUUGUAACGGUGAUGGUAACGGUUAUGGUAACAGUUACGGUGAUGAUGAUGGUAACGGUCAUUGUAAUGGUGACGAUACUUGUAUCGAAAACGAUAGUAGUAAUGGUAACGGUAACGAUAACGAUAACGGUGUUGGUAAUGAUAACAGUGACGUUGAUGGUAAUAAUGACGGUAACGAUGAUAGUAACGGUAACAGUGAUAGUAAUGGUAACGAUGACGUUCACGAUUACGAAAACGAUAAUGGUGACGAUAACGGUAAUAGUAAUAAUAAUGGUAAUGGUGAUGAUAACGAUAACGAUAACAGUGACGGUUACUACGAUGGUAAUAGUAACGGUAAUGGUAAUGGUAACGAUAACGGUGACAAAAACGGUCACGGUCACGGUAAUGGUGAGGGUAAUGGUAAUAGUGACGGUUAUAGUAAUGGUGAUGGUAACAGUCACGGUCACGAUAACAGUCACAAUAACUGUGACGAUAAUGGUGACAGUAAUGGUUAUGGUGACGGUAACGAUAAAGGUAACAGUAACAAUGACGGUAAUAGUAACGGUAACAGUAACGAUGACGGUAACGAUAAUGGUGAUGGUAAUGGUAACGGUAAUAAUAAUCGUAACGGUGAUGAUAAUGGUAACGGUAACAGUGACGGUUACUGCAAUGGUAAUAGUGAUGAUAAUAGUAACGGUAAUGGUAACGGUAACGGUAAUGGUAAGGGUAAGGGUAAUGAUAACGGUGACGAAAACGGUCACGGUGACGGUAAUGGUAAUGGUAACGGUGUCACGGUCACAAUAACGGUCACAGCAACUGUGAUGGUAAUGGUGACAGUAAUGGUUAUGGUGAUGGUAAUGGCUACUAUAAUUGUAACUAUAAUGGUAAUGGUAAAAAUUACGAUAAUGGUAAAGGUAACUGUAACAGUAACGGUUACGGUAACGAUGAUGGUAACGGUGACGAUAACGGUUACGGUUACUGUAAUGGUUACGGUGAUGGUAACGGUAAUAGUGACUAUGAUUGUAAUGGAAACGGUGACAGUGAGGUGA